CUCAUUUCAUCUGAUCGCGCAAAGUGAAUGGACAUCGGUCAGCCGAGAACUUUUCGCGCAGUUUGUGUAUAAAUAGUGUCGUUGGGUCUGGUUUGGAAACAGAAUCAACUUUGGAUUAAUCUAGCAGACAUCGUCUUGGAUCUUCUGGAAAAAUGAAAUUCUUUGUUAUUGCCUUUGCUGUGAUCGCAGCUGCCUCGGCGGCCUCCAUUGCCACGGAUUACCUGCCGCCAGUGGACAACAACCUCGAAGCUGCCUCCGAUCUCGUCGAGCUGCCCGCCGAGCAGGGAGUUCUCUCCGACGAUGGAUACCGCUACAAGACCGUGCGUCGCCUCAAGUUGCGCCACCGUCGUGAUGUGAACGAGCUCCCCUCCGGUGAAUACCUGCCCCCUGUUGAGGAGUCCGCCUCCGAGGCUGUUGCCGUCGAGACUCCUCUUGCUGAUGAUGGAUACCGCUACAAGACUGUCCGCCGUGUGAUCCGUCGUCGUCGUGAUGUGAACGAGCUCCCCUCCGGUGAAUACCUGCCCCCUGUUGAGGAAUCCGCUUCCGAGGCUGUUGCUGUGGAGACUCCCCUGGCUGAUGAUGGCUACCGUUACAAGACUGUCCGUCGUGUGAUCCGCCGUCGUCGUGAUGUCUCUGAGCUUUCCCCUGAGUACCUGCCCCCCGUUGAGGAGUCCGCUUCCGAGGCUGUUGCCGUCGAGACUCCCCUGGCUGAUGAUGGAUACCGUUACAAGACCGUCCGUCGUGUGAUCCGUCGUCGUCGUGAUGUGAACGAGCUGUCCCCUGAGUACCUGCCCCCUGUUGAGGAAUCCGCCUCCGAAGCCGUUGCCGUUGAGACUCCCCUGGCUGAUGAUGGAUACCGUUACAAGACCGUCCGUCGUGUGAUCCGUCGUCGUCGUGAUGUUUCCGAGCUGUCCCCUGAGUACCUGCCCCCUGUUGAGGAGUCCGCCUCCGAGGCUGUUGCCGUCGAGACUCCCCUGGCUGAUGAUGGAUACCGUUACAAGACCGUCCGUCGUGUGAUCCGUCGUCGUCGUGAUGUGAACGAGCUGUCCCCUGAGUACCUGCCCCCUGUUGAGGAGUCCGCCUCCGAGGCUGUUGCCGUCGAGACUCCCCUGGCUGAUGAUGGCUACCGUUACAAGACCGUCCGUCGUGUGAUCCGUCGUCGUCGUGAUGUCUCUGAGCUGCCCUCCGGCGAGUACCUGCCCCCCGUGGAGGAGGCCGCCUCUGCCAUCAUUGAUGUGCCCGCCGAGCAGACCGUCCUGGCCAGCGAUGGCUACCGCUACAAGACCGUCCGCCGUCUGAAGCUCCGUCGCCACUAAGCCGCCUAUUGUGCCAACUCCCACCGCAGCAUUUGAGAUUAUCGAGGAUGCUUUUCCAGAAGAAGUCCUGACUUUGAAAGUCUCAGAGUGAAACUAACAAUAAGUCGAGCGUAUUAGUCAAUUUGAAUCCAUUAUGAACAACCCGAGUACAAACCCGAACUAACAAUAAUAAACAUUUUUAAAACAAAAA